CUGCGCCCACCAGUGGGGGUGCUGCACACACUGGGGUCGCCUCUAUAAGGUAUUUUCUCGCGCACAUUAUCAGGUACAUGAUUAGCUAUGCGCAUACGCGAGCAUGACGUGGUGAAGUAGGCUAUACUUGGCCAUCCAUCAGGCAGGAGUGAGAGGGCGCUGCUUCCGCAUGAUGGCGGCGCAGCUCCGCCACCAAUAUGGCGCGCAUGUGCCAGGCUCAGUUCUUAAACUUCUCGACCCCAUCUUCCUUGCAGUCUCGUGCGCACACCAGACUGUCAUGGAGUUAGCGGGUAUACACCUGGCUAUUGGGCCACUCCUUUCCGGAUGUUACAAAAUCGUCACGACUGUCAACCAACUCCACCAGAGCUACAAGUUCUUACCGAUGACCCUCGCGUCCAUCGUAGCGACAUGCAACAUGACGAAGAUCACCCUCGGUCAGCUCGACUCGGCUCUUGCAAAGGACUUCGACAUCGUCAAAGACGCCAACAAGGAGCUUGUCGAGCAGUUUGAUGGCAUCAAAAUCGGUUGUACCAUUACCAUCUCGUUGCUCGAGAAGCAUGUGACACAACUCCUCCAUGUCGCCAGCAGCGAGGUGCCAUUGAAGGCACAGCAUACAUCGCGGACGGGCAAGUGGAAAGCAUUGUACAACGAAUCCGACAUGAAGGAACUCCUCGGACAACUCAAGGACAACAAUACACUUUUGAACACAAUUUUGAAUGUUCUGCAACGUGACCAGCAAAGAGUUUCCAUGAGCAAGCAAGACAAAAUGAUGGAUAUGAUGGCGAACCAGGAGAAAACACUGCAGAAUAUGCUUCGAGCUCGAGGAUCGUUUCGCAAAUAUCUCCAGGAUGCCAAAGUGCCUCUGGACAGCGAGGUUGCCAGUAUCCUCACCGCAAGCACCAGUGGUACGGCCUUGACUGCCUUUGAUUUCGACUCGAUCAUCAUGCGCACAUCUGUCUACAAGCGUUGUUUGGCAAAGGGUAGCGAUAAUAACGAGCUUCUGAUAUCCCUGCAACAGCUUGCUACAGAUCCUGCGAUGGUCGGUCCAGGGGCACGGCUGGCUGUCGGUUCGGGUCAGCUUCAGAGUGCUCCUCAGUUUGACGCCAGACCAGACGAGGGUAUUGGAGUCAGUCAAUCUGAUUUUCCAUCGUUGGGCCUUCAGUAUCCUCGGGCGCGAGACGGAAGACGCAACAAGCACUCGAGUCAUGACAAUAAGGGUCAUAUAUUUGAGGUGGCGGUGUCGUCGAGAUUCCUUCUGGCAGCCACAUCGGCGCAAGCGAUACGAAUCUGGGAUCUAACUACAGGUGCAAAACUGGUCCACAUCUCUUGCCUUUGCCGUAUACCCCUACGGGGAGACACUUGUCUGACAUUUUCUCCAGAUGGUGAAAUGUUGGCCGCAAGAACAGAUGAGCCCGCGAGCUUAAGAACUGAGCGAUCCCUCAGCUCGAUCAGUCUAUUGGUUUCUCAGACUGGUAAGUUAAUACGCGCACUUCACGAGGAAGGUCGAGCGGAGUUUCAAGCUAUCGCAUUCUCAUCGGACAAUCAUGUGCUUGCCUGUAGUAGUAGGAGACGGAGGCAAACGAAAAUCACGCUCUAUGCGACAGCUACAGGACAAAUCAUCAAAACGAUACCAGCGGUCUGGAAAUGGUCCGUAACAUUUUCCUUUGUCCAAUCUGAUCAACGACUACUGAUUCGCUCCCCUGGAGGCAAACCAAGGCUCUGGGAUAUGACUACGUGCACCUUCGAUGAUGAUUUGAGGAUCCCAGAUUUCUGGAACAGGUCCUCUCUCGUUAUUACGCGUACUGGUAUGGUCGUUGGGGUCCAUCGACUUGGCCAACUAGUGAUGAAUAAUCCACAUUCCAACAAGCAGGUAGCAGCCGUCGAUGUUGGAAAAAGCGUUGAACGUUUGAUACGUUCGGAGGCCACAGAGUUGGUAGCCUUUGUCGGACAUGAUUCUGUCAGCCCUGACCGCUGGAUGGGGAUCUGGAAACCGUGGACUGGGAAGGUGAGCGAAGUUGAGUUGCCUCCGGAGGUCAACGGGAACGCUAUAACACUUUCCCCUGAUGGAUUGACUCUGUUUUGCGGCACGAAAUAUGGAGCUGUAAUGGCUUGGGACAUUGAUAUCUCAGGCAGCAUUGGAGAGUGUAGGAGGAUCGUAUGAUACUGACUAUACCUACAAUAAGACCGGUGCCCAACUUGACUUGGUAUUAGUAACACGUGCGGUUCGACAUCAUGGCCUAUCUACAUAUACGCUUGAACAGUGAAGUUGAUUUUGACAUUCCAGAGUUAAGGAACAACUUCAGCGUAAGGUGGUGGUAAUUGCAGGCAAACAUACGAACGCAGUACAUUCAUGAGUCUGGGAUCAUCAAUCAAACUACGCAGUAGCGCAGCGUGAAGAGAUCAGUAUAAAGUCCGACGUUCCAGGCUUUUUCUUGCGGCAUCCGGGAUACGGACAACAGCUCUGCCUGGAGUUGUUUCCAGGCGCUCGUAUCAUAUGACGGGAUGCCUUAUUGAACCCCUCGGGAGUUUGAAAUACC